UUGCGGCUUUGGGUCGCCUGUUAACCCACUGUUAACGAAUCCUUUGGUCCUUGGUGCUAUACCUGAACAAUGCUCUAACACUGUAAUUAAAUCCUUUUCAUCCGAAACAUACUAUUCGUCUUGUCUUGAACACUUUCAAUUUUACGAUAAAAGGGCUUUGUCCCAGCGCGUCUUAAGAUUCAUCAGCACUCUCAUCUUCAUUCUUCGCCUCAGUUCAAUAUGAAGUUCUCUCUUCUUGCGACCAUCGUCGCUAGCAUUAGUCCGCUUGCACGCGCAGCAGAUGCAAACGCUUGGAAGUCGCGAAAUAUUUACUUCGCACUUACUGAUCGUGUUGCGCGGAGUGCUGAUGAUAAUGGCGGCAGUGCAUGCGGAAACCUCGGGAAUUACUGUGGUGGAACUUUUAAGGGCUUAGAGUCAAAGCUUGAUUAUAUCAAGGGCAUGGGAUUUGAUGCUAUUUGGAUUACUCCUGUUGUUGACAGUAGGUGGUGCGAAAUUGAGUGAAAAAAUGUGACUGACAGGGUGAUAGAUACUGAUGGGGGAUACCAUGGAUACUGGGCUAAGGAUCUGUAUGCGGUCAACUCCAAGUAUGGUACUGCAGAUGAUUUGAAGAGUCUUGUCAAAUCUGCUCAUGACAAGAACAUGUACGUCAUGUGCGACGUCGUCGCAAACCACAUGGGCAAAGGCAUCUCAGACCACAAACCCUCCCCCCUCAACGAACAAAGCUCAUACCACACCCCCUGCGAUAUCGACUACAGCAACCAGACCAGCAUCGAGCAGUGCGAAAUCGCCGGUCUUCCCGACCUCAACACCGGCAGCGACACCGUCAAGAAAGUCCUCUACGACUGGAUCAAGUGGCUUGUCUCCGAGUACAGCUUCGACGGUAUCCGCAUCGAUACAGUCAAACAUGUCGAAAAGCCGUUCUGGCCUGGUUUUCAAGACGCUGCUGGUGUUUACGCCAUCGGUGAGGUUUGGGAUGGAGGGCCUGAUUACCUAGCUGGUUAUGCACAGGUCAUGCCUGGUCUCUUGAACUAUGCUAUGUAUUACCCCAUGAACCGGUUCUACCAGCAAAAAGGCGAUCCUUCAGAUGUUGUCGCUAUGCACGAUGAGAUUAGCAACAAAUUCCCCGAUCCCACUAUCCUCGGAACAUUCAUCGACAACCACGAUAACCCUCGCUGGUUGAGCCAAAAGAACGACAAAGCUCUCCUCAAGAACGCCCUCGCAUACGUCAUCCUAGCCCGAGGUAUUCCCAUCGUCUACUACGGAACAGAGCAAGGUUACGCUGGCGGCAAUGAUCCCGCCAACCGUGAGGAUCUCUGGCGAAGCAGCUUCAGCACCGACGCGGAUCUGUAUCAACACAUUUCACGCCUCUCCAAGGCUCGCUCGGCGGUCGGUGGUCUUGGUGGAAAUGAUCACAAGCAUCUCUACUCGCAGGACAGCGCGUAUGCUUGGAGUCGUGCUGAUGGCGAUCUCAUUGUUCUUACUUUGAACCGCGGACAGGGGUACUCGGGGCAAUACUGCUUUAACACUGGAAAGAACAACAAGACUUGGGACAGAGUCUUUGGAAGUGGAACUGUUACCUCUGAUGGCAAUGGUCAGGUUUGUGUUAGCUACACUAACGGCGAGCCUGAAGUCUUGGUUGCGUCUAGCUAGAUGGCAUAAAAAUGGGGUUGGCUUCGUAUUGGAUGCGGCCUUUUCCUCGACUCUGCUUCAUGAUGUCCAUAUAUACUGAGCUCAGUUUCAAUUCAACUUUUUUCUGUUCCUG